AUGUCAUCAGAUGCAGAUAGGUCUAGCGGACCUUCAAAACCAGAAAACGCCCCGCCCGACUCGCAUAUCAACCACGCCGCCUCAAUCAAAUACUGGAAUGGCGUCGCCGCGAAUUCCAAAACCAUGCUCGGCAUGCUCGGCGAUUAUCCCUGGUAUACACGGAUUGACUUGCGGGGAUCUAAAACCUUCCUAGCCAAAGUCCGACGGAUGGUACCCGGGUGUACGACGGAAGGAAAACUCAAGGCUGCGGUCGACUGCGGGGCGGGUGUUGGACGCGUGACAGAGGGGUUUCUUAGCCAUGUCUGCGAAGUGGUGGAUGCCGUGGAGCCCGUUGAGAAAUUCAUACAGGUUAUGCGGGAGAGCAAGCUGAAACCCGAGGGGGUAGUUGGGGAUAUCUACGUGAUGGGUAUUGAGGACUGGGUUCCGGAGAAGAAAUAUGAUUUGAUUUGGACUCAGUUCUGUGUGGGACAUCUGACUGAUGUACAAUUGAUUGAAUAUUUCCGCCGGUGUCGCAAUGCUCUGACGGAAACAGGGAUUCUCGUGGUCAAGGAGAAUCUUUCCACGGACCUGUUUGGGAAGGACAUGUACGACGAGGAGGACAGCAGUGUAACACGGACAGAUGACAAGUUUCGGGCCAUCUUCAAGGAAGUGGGAUUGACUGUCAUUUUGUCUGAACUACAACUGGGAUUUCCAAAGAACUUUAAACUCCUUCCUGUGAGAUUCUAUGCAUUGCGACCUAAGAGUUGA